GCGUCUGGGAACGAGGAGCGAGGCGAGAGCGGCAGCGGGGCGUGUGGAAGUCGGCGGCGGGUUGAGGGCUGUGAGCGGCCGAUUCUGACCAUGAACUCCCUGGAGCAAGCGGAAGACCUGAAAGCUUUCGAGAGGCGACUGACCGAGUACAUCUCCUGCUUGCAGCCGGCGACCGGGCGGUGGCGAAUGAUUCUUAUAGUAGUUUCAGUAUGUACAGCCACAGGUGCUUGGAACUGGUUAAUCGAUCCUGAAACACAAAAGGUAUCAUUUUUCACAUCACUAUGGAAUCAUCCAUUCUUCACAAUCAGCUGUAUAACUCUAAUUGGUUUAUUCUUUGCUGGAAUACAUAAAAGAGUGGUUGCACCGUCAAUCAUUGCCGCAAGAUGUCGAACUGUUUUGGCAGAAUACAAUAUGUCUUGUGAUGAUACUGGGAAACUAAUAUUGAAGCCCAGACCUCAUGUUCAAUGACACCCUACUGACUCCAGUGAAAAUACAAUGUCUCUGUGAAAAGGUGAAAGUACCCUCAAAUGCACAAAUUCAUGAAAGCAGUGCUUCUUCUGGGGUCAACAUCAAUAUUUCACCUCAAAGUUCCCUAGACAGAAAAAUGCUCAGCAACAAAGGUGGAUUUUAUGAAUCUAGCAUUGCAGCUGGCAGGUAGUUUUAGGUAACUCGAUAGAAAAUUCUAUUUGGGAAGUAUUUAAAUAUUGCUUAGUCACUUUAAUUUAUUAAGAAGUUACAGAUUUUUGUAUCAUUUAUAAGUUGAAUUGCUCAUUUUAUCACCGAUAUUCAUAUAAUUAACAUCAACGAUGUAAAAGCUAUGGACUGUUCUCACAGAGAAUUGGGCUGAACUGUAUCAGGAACUAUUCUGAUGUGAUUGCUAAAUUAUUGUUGCACACCUUUAUGCUUCCAGUCUGUUGUUUUUGCUCUGCAGAUAUUUCUUUCAUAUAAGUUAUGUGAAUAUUGCUUUUUAUGUUUCAUUAUUAUGAUGUAUUAUGAAACAUCAGACUUCUUAUUCCAUUCAGACUGGAGACAAAUUAUAAAUGGACUACCAGUACUUUGGGUGGCUUUUUGAUGUGUUAAAUUGUGUAAUAUUCAUAGGAAGAGACUAAUGUUUGGCAAACUAUUGCAUAUGAAGAUUCAAAUUUUACUUAAUUGUGAAAAAUUGUAUAAAAUAGGUAGAAAUGAACUCUUUCAUACUUGCAUUUGUUCAUUUUCUCUUGUUUUGCUAUUCUAAAAUGUGUGUUCUACAGUUACCACGUUGCAUUUUAAAUAACUUGAAGAUAUAAAUUUUUACAUUUUAAAAGCAUCACAACUUUGUAAGACCAUUUUGGCCCACGAGUUUUGUAGGCCUCUGUACAUAGCAAUAAACAAUUUGUAUGGAAUUUUUUGGAAACAUGUUGUGAGUAGUGUGAGUUGAUCAUGCAUCUAAUAUGUCAGAUACCAAGGGAUAGGAUUUGAAUAUUUUAAGAUGUAAAAUGGCAAGUAGCUUGCCUAAUACUUUUGUGGAAAAGACAGACUUGUCUCCCAUUGGGCAUGAAGAAUGGCAUGCCACUUGCUCUAAAAUGUUGACCUCUUACUUGGG